AUGGAGUGCUCCUCCACUUCUUGGGUUUUCAAAUUUUUCUUUUUCUUACUCAUUAUCCCUCUUGGUUCUUCUUCUUCUUCUUUGUUGCAAUCUUUGACGAUCAAUUCUACAGCAAUGCACCGAAAUCACACUGUGAUAUCGGAGUUUCGGAUACUGAAUAGAAAAGUCUUUUCCGACUGUCCAAAUCUGAACCCUUUUCUUCACAUUAGUGUCAGUCCCCAUUCCAACAUUUCAGACGAAGAAUACGUCGAUGUUACCGUUAGUGGGGUUUUGUUUCCUUCCAAGCUUGAUUGGGUUGCCAUGGUUUCACCAGCUCAUUCUGAUGUUUCGAGUUGUUUAUUGAACUUCGGUCUUUAUGCUGAGACCGGUGAUCUUACCAAACUUCCUUUGCUCUGCCAUUAUCCUGUUAAGGCAAUGUAUAUGAGUAAUGAUCCAGGCUAUCUGAGUUGCAUGAAGAAGCAUCGGAAGAAAAAUAGGAAGGGUAAAGGUGCAAUAGCGACCACUUGUAGAGGCACGUUAACAUUUCAUGUCAUUAACAUCAGAACUGACAUCGAAUUCGUUCUCUUUGGCGGCGGAUUUGAGGCGCCCUGCUUUUUCGCAAGGUCACGCCGCAUCAAUUUUGCCAAUCCGAACAAGCCUUUAUAUGGACAUAUCUCUAGUAUAGAUUCAACUGGAACCUCGAUGAGAUUAACAUGGGUUAGUGGAGAUAUGGAGCCUCAACAAGUACAAUAUGGAGAUAGAAAAACACUGACAUCUGAAGUUACCACAUUUACACAAGAUAAUAUGUGUAAUUCAACUAAUUUACCAAGUCCAGCGAAGGAUUUUGGGUGGCAUGACCCAGGAUACAUUCAUUCUGCAGUAAUGACAGGACUUAAACCUUCAAGCAACUUCUCCUACAAAUAUGGAAGUGACUUAGCUGGUUGGAGUGAACAAAUCCAAUUUCGAACUCCGCCUGCUGGAGGAUCAGAUGAGCUAAAGUUCUUAGCAUUUGGUGAUAUGGGAAAGGCUCCUCGUGAUGCUUCUGCCGAACACUACAUUCAGCCAGGGUCCCUCUCAGUGAUUGAAGCCAUUGCUGAUGAAGUAGAUUCCAACAAGAUAGAUUCAAUCUUCCACAUUGGAGAUAUAAGCUAUGCCACUGGCUUUUUAGUUGAAUGGGAUUUUUUCCUUCACCAAAUAAGCCCGGUAGCAUCACGUGUUUCUUACAUGACUGCAAUUGGAAACCAUGAAAGGGAUUACAUAGAGUCAGGAUCAGUAUAUAUAACUCCUGAUUCUGGAGGAGAAUGUGGAGUUCCUUAUGAAACUUACUUUCCCAUGCCAACCUCAGCAAAGGAUAAGCCAUGGUAUUCCAUAGAACAAGGAAGUGUCCACUUCACAGUGAUUUCGACUGAGCAUGAUUGGUCACAAAAAUCUAAGCAGUAUGAGUGGAUGAAAAAUGACAUGGCUUCUAUCGAUCGAUCAAAAACUCCUUGGUUAGUUUUCACGGGGCAUAGACCCAUGUAUUCUUCCUCAAAAGGAUUGUUCAGCGUGGAUGCAAGAUUUGCUGAGGAAGUAGAACCAUUACUCUUGGAAAGCAAAGUUGAUCUGGUUCUCUUUGGCCAUGUUCAUAAUUAUGAGAGGUUCUGCUCGGUUUAUCGAAAAGAAUGCAAGGCCUUGCCUAGAAAAGAUAGACAUGGGAUAGAUGUAUAUGAUCAAAGAAAUUAUAGUGCCCCAGUGCAUGCAGUUAUUGGUAUGGCUGGCUUUUCCUUGGACAAGUUCCCAAAUCAUGUGCAAAGCUGGAGUCUAUCAAGGAUUUCUCAGUUUGGUUAUCUGAAAGGGCAUGCAACAAAGAAAAGAUUCAAGUUAGAGUUUGUAAAUUCAAGUACAAAGAAAGUUGAAGACAGCUUCCGCAUCAUUAAAUCUUAAGGUUCCUCAUGAAAGCUUCUUGUCAGAGAGAGAGAGAGAGAGAGAGAAAAAGAGAGAGGGAGUACAUGCCCCCUUCUGCAAAGUAUCAUUGAAGGAUUUCAUUUGUACAAUUACUUCUUUUCAAUGAAUUGAAAUGAGUAAGCAGUACCUCAACUCUUUGAUUACAUUGUGAGAUUCAAUAGAAGGGCUACUUC